GUCAACCCCCGCCAUUCCUCGAAUAAGCCAAAGCGACAAACCACAACCAUAAUAUCAACCAGUUCAUCUUCUACAGACACUGCCAGCACAUACCGUAGCACAAAAUAAAAACACAUAUCGAUCUUUUUGUAUGGUUUUAACGCCGAAAUAGAUAUCGGGCGCAACUGGUUUGUUAUACUGUCGACGCGUACAUCGUUACAGACCAAAAUGCCCGUUUUAUUGCAGUCUGGGAAAACGCAGUGGGUGUCAGCUUUGAAGUUAUCCUCUGUAGCAAUGGUGAUAUUUCUGGCCUUCCCAGCCAAUUCCAUGGAUGUGUUGGUGCCACAGCAGAUCAAUGCGCUCAAUGGCACUAAGAUCAAAAUUCCCUGUACGUUUACAUCAUGCUACAAACUGGACCCCAGCAAGUUUGCCAUGAACUGGACCUAUCAAGAGACAAUCAAUAGCACAGAGGAGAUGUUUAUGACUUACAAGAACAAGAUAGCACCCUUGAAGUCCAAUCGAUUUGGAGACCGGGUCUUGUUUACCGGAAACCUGGACAAGAACGACCUGUCCAUCACUAUCUCAGAUGUGCAGCUGACCGAUGAGGGCAUCUACCACUGUUAUGUGCGCAACCCCCCAGACCGCAUUCUGGGUCAUGGCACCAUCCAAUUCCUCGUCUUUACUGAAUUGCCUCCUCCAAGGGACUCGACCAUCGCUGUUGCCAUUGGAGCGUCUGUGGGAGGGAUUCUUGCUUUGCUGAUUCUGUCUAUGGUGGUGGUAAAGUGCAUUCGCAGGCAUAAGAACCAGGAAUUGAUCUCAGACGAGCAGAAGAUAGAAGAAGAGGGCAAAGUAGAUGGAGAAGGAGGAACAGAAGAAGCCACAAAGUUGUCAAUUCAGCAGGAAAGUUUGCCAGAAAUGCAUAAUUCUCCUGCCUGAAGAUGAUGUGUUAAACAUGUCCGACUCUUCGUCCUGUACCUGUCUCAUCUAACAUUCCUAAAGGCUUGAUUUUUUUGUGUUGCCAUCAAAUGUGUCAUAUAACCGUGGAACGAUCUCUGCCACAGUGUCAGGGUGUCCAAUCACUGAUGACAAAUUACAGUAGGCUGAAAAUUGCCUUUUCCACACAAUAUGCCAGGUUAAGGUGGUAACACAGCAUUUUAUCUCCUACUAACUACUGCCAGUGGAUUAGCCAUCCAGUAUUUCUGCUGAGAAUUUUUUAAAUGGAGUUUUAAGCACACAUAUUUCUCUUUAAAUCUGCCAAAGUAUUUUUACCCUUAUGGUGUUCUGACAGAAAAUCACUGCCCUUAACUUUCUCUCAAGUGGGUGUGAAAACCUAAUGUUUUUAUGUACGUGUACGAUUGUUUGAAUGCAUGUGUGCCUUCUUAUUGUGCUAGCUUUGCUGUCAUGUCUGAAUGUUAAUGCUGUUUUUACAAUCUAAUGGGAGAAACAGAGUAAUAUUUAGCAGUAUUAUCAUUGGAACAUGUUCAGUCUUCCACAUUUAUGAUUUUCUAGUUUUAAAAUAAGCUACAGUACAGCAUGUCGUAACUUCACCUUGAAGCAGAUACAAUCAUUGCAUGCCGAUUCCCUUACAUGUGAUGCAUAUAAACUGUGCAAAACGAUCCGUCAUUCUACAUAAUACGGCAUUCACACAUAACAAUCGUUAUUAUUAUGUGGCAAAUGAAACUUUCAGGUGAUACAGUACUUGUAUUUAUAGAUAAAGCCAAAAAAACUAAGAUACAUUUAUUUGCUUAUAUGCUUAUGAUUAUGUUUUAUAUGUUUGUUGUAGUGUGUAUUUUGAAAUGUGUGAAUUUCUUUUACGUGAGUAUCUUGAAUGUUUUUUUGUAAAGCUUUAGGUCACUAUCGAAUUUACCCACACUUUAUAUUUAAUCUCAUAAUUAUAUUUCACAGAUAAUCUUAUAAUUUAAGUGAACGUGUCAAAUAUACUAUAUACUGUAUUGUGGCCCAAAAAAUUAUGUGGAUAUUUAAGCCUCAUUUAAAAUGAGUACAUUUAAUAUAUGAGUUUCAAUGGUUGCAUUAGAUAAAAUUUAAACGUUUGUAAAUGUUUUUAAAUAAUGCUAGUCCUUUCACAAAAAGGAACUUCUCGUAGGAUUUAUUUUGAUUCAUUGCAUUUGCUGGUGUCAAGGUCCAAAUGUUCAGUUUAAAUAUACCAAAAAAUAUUAAAAAUGAAUUGAGGUUCAAGACCUUCAUAAUUAUUUCCUGUUUCCGCUCAUUUACUGUAUGGGCAUGUGACCUUGUGAAUUUCUUGUAAUAUGUUUUGUUUAAAAGUGCAUGCUUCAUAUUUUGUUACCUAAUGCAUUGCACUCAUACAUUUUUAAGUGUUGCUUUUAAAGUGUCCUCACUUUAACAUAAAACAUUCAUAUCAACAUAAGUUUUUGUUUUACUUUAACUUAACAAAUUAUGUUUAUUAAGUGUAAUAAUUUCAACUUGUUUAUACGUUAUGCCAACACUGUAUACUAGUCAAAAACUUAAAAAACCUUAAGUGCAGAUUAGUUUUGAGAAAAACCAGAUUAUAAGUGCACAUUAAUUGAUAUGAAGAAAGCACAAAUUAGUGUAAAAGUAAAGAAAACACACAUAGAACAAUUUAGCGGUAUAAACUACAAUUCUAAAAUUAUAUCGAAAUUAACUCUGCUAUUUUGGAUUGUAACGCAAACAGAUUGUGAACUUAGUUGUGGUGUGUUAGAAGUUGCAGUUUAGAUGUAUUUCAUAAAUAAUUUUCAUCAGUGUUACAGUAUUAUGUUACAGCAAAUGUGAUAAUAUUUUAAAUAAUUCAGUAAAGGCAUUUUUUCGAAACUACGGAGCCCCUAAGGGGACAUGGAGCAGAAUUUUUUAAAAAGUUUAGUUUCAAGUGCGCACGCGAUAGUUUCGAGCACGUGAAACUAAACUUUUUAAAAAAAUCUGCACAUGAUGGUUUUGCGUGAGCACAUGAAACUAAACUUUAGAUUUUUUUUACUCCAAUUUCAACUUAGGGGCUCGGUACUAAACAGUAUGUGAUCCUGGAAAAAAAUCAAUUGGUAAUGCCUAAAAAAUCUGAAGUUUCUUUAACUUACAUUUUUUCACUUUAAGUGAAAAAUUUAAGAUGAAAAUGUUUAAAUAUUUCAGGUGUUACCAAAUGAAGUAAUUUUUAAGUUGAUCCAACUUUUACUUUCAACAGUGUAGCAAAGGUAUACUGUAAGAAAAAUGCUGUAGUUAUGCAGCGGUUUGCCAGUAACUUACUGUAGAUUUGCAUGAGUCUCAUGCAAAGCAUUCUGGGAACCAGAAAUCCUCAUCAACUUUUCCAUUUUUUCCUUCAUAUAUUGGUUCCCAGAAUUAUUUAAUGGCUUUAUUCUGUAAAGAUAUAGACUUGUUAAUGUUUCAUGUUCAUUUAACUUUGAACAAACUAUUGCCAGCAAAUAACAUAAAUUUACAGUAAGUUACUGGCAAACAGCUGUAAUUUCUACAGAAUGCUUAUACAGUGUAUAUUUGUAGCUGUAAAUAUAUAAAAAAUGUAUUUAUCAUUAGUAAUAUGUGUUGUGUAGGACUUAAUUUGGACAACGUUAAAUGCGAUUUUCUCAAUAUUUCGAUUUUUUUUUUGCAUCCUCAGAUUCCAGACUUUUAAAUAGUUGUAUCUCAGCCAAAUAUAUGUGUAAUAUACAGCAUAUUUAUUCAGCUUUCACAUGAUGUAAAAAAAUCUCAAUUUCAAAAAUUCCCUUAUGACUGGUUGUGGUCCAGGGUCACAUAUAUUCUGUAAAGUAGCAGCGUAUAGUAAGUCAAAAAGCAAAGUGUCACUGUUAUAUCCCUGUGCUAUGACUUCGCUAGGCAGUCGGGCAUACAACGUUUGCCUGCAGGUGAUCAUACUGUUUGUUUAGAUGAGUUAUAGGGCCAAAAUGGCUCAGUAACACUGUAGUAAUGGCGUAUUUAUUUCAAAUAUAAACAUUAUUUAAGGUUAUUUAACCCAAAGGCUGAUCCCUUUUUCACCCAACUUUGGGUUGAAAUUAAUCCAGUAUUUAAGAGUGUAUACUGUAUAGUUUGGCUAUUAUGGGGCACAUCUACCCCUUGGGGACCCGAAGGGACCCCUACAUACUGUAUCAUCUCAACCCCAUAAUAUCACGGGAAGAUGGUGACAUGCUCUGUAAGGUUUUUACACAUACACGUACCUGUCUAGUUCAGUUUUUAUGUUAACAACAACUACUAACAUUAAAUGUGAUGGGAAAUACCAUGGUUUUUGGACAUGUAUCAUGACAUCACCAUGACAUUUACCUUACCCUAUUUAGCAUAAAUAUUAUGGUAUGGUAUCCUUCAUUACUAUUAUUUUAUAUCGUUACUUAACCAUAGUACUGCAACAGUAUAUUUGGGGGAAUGUAUUCUAUGUUAAAUAUUGUAUAGAUUUUUUUGUGUUUAGAUCUGUGUUCUCAUUUUCAGUGUUUUGUAAUCCAAAAAGGAUUUACCCUAUUGUGCACCAUUAUUAAUAUUUGAUGAGUUUAAGCUCUGUUUUGUCAGAUGAAAUUAUUGAUAUGAAUCGGGAUAUGAAUUAUGUUUUCAAUUUCAGUUAAGUUACCUAGUUAGUUUUUUACACAUGUGCAUGUAGAUUGUGAAUUAUUAACCAUAAUCUGUUUAUCAGUUGUUUUGCAAUCUGAUUCAAGUGUUUGUUUAGUCAUAAAAACUCUUAACAAAACAAUGUGAUGGUUUAAUUUACUUCUAGGAUGGCUUGUGAAUUUCAGUUAUACAUUUUAAUAGCUGGUCUAAGCAGACAUGUUGAUCAUUUAAAUCUCUGAAUACUGUAUCUUCUACAUAAGACAAUGAUUGAGGCAAUGAUACUUGUUUACAUAUAAUAAUGAUAUUAUAGGCAUGAUGUUGGAUCAAAAAAUAAAACUUUGCACUGCCAGGAGUCUGAUGUUAUGUGGUAAAUGAUUAUAUACUGACAGAAAUAUAAUGUAUUGUAUAACCAUGAAAAGUAUACAGUUGUAUUGCAUUGCCUUGAUGUGCAUUGUCUUCUAUUCAUUUGCAUAUUUAAUUUUAUACAGUUCAUGUUAAUGCAAACACAGCUUAUCUAUGGAAAUAAUAGAUGACAGCGGGUCGGCGAGACUGAAUUGAAUAAUUAUUUACCAUGCAUGCCUCUGUUUCAGUGUUUCUAUUACCGACUUAUUAAAACAUAUGCUUGCACUGCACCAUAGCUGCAUCACUGAUUGUGUGUUUUGUUUUUUUUUCAAUAAAAACAAAGAAACUAA